UUAAGCCAAACCAAAUAUCAUGCUGAUUACUGUGCUUAACAAAGUACUAUGCUGAAUAAUUAAAGUGUUGCCCAUAUAAGUGCUAAAACCAUGACGGAUCCCUCAAAUACCUCCGUGCUACGCAAAGAAAUCGAGCGCCGCUCUCAUCAACAAGCCAAACAAAACGAACUGGGCGUAUUUCUCCCCGCGCAGCAGAUUAAUCGUUCAGAGGACUGGGAAGGCCUCUACCAGGUCUCCCGCGGCGAACUGCUGAUAGCCGAUACAUGGCGGUGUGUGCGCAAGAUCGCUGUGGGAUCCUGCAGCGCGAUCUACCUGGCCUACAGCCUCGAUUACGAGAAGGAUGCGGCGGUGAAGAUGUGCAGUUUCUCCCAUGGAAAUGAUGCACUGGCUCGGGAAGCCCAGGGCAUGCUAAAUCUGAAGGAUGGACCGGGAAUACCGAGACUCUACUGGUUUGGCAAAGGAGCGCAGAGGAAUUUCUUGGUGAUGGAAUUACUGGGACCCAGUUUGCUGGAUUUGUUCCACUACUGUCAUGGACGAUUUACUCUUAAGACCGUGUGCAUGCUCGCCGUACAAAUAUUUGAAAUCCUCGAUUGGAUCCAUCGCACUGGCUACGUACACCGUGAAAUCAACCCGCAAAAUUUCUGCAUCGGCAGCGGAUCCGCGAGUCGUCAGAUUUUUCUGAUUGAUUAUGCGACACUCAUCAAACACCGUGGAAAAGUGGACGUCAACGGAGCCGACUGCAUUCCCAGCGUGGUGGGAACGCAGCUGAAAGGUCACGCUUUAUAUGACACUAUUUCAAGCCAUAAAGGUCUAGAACGCAGUUAUCGCGAUGACGCCGAAUCGAGCAUGUACAUGUUAAUCUACUUUCUCCUGGGGGAUCUUCCCUGGCGCAAAACCCCAGCUAGCAAAGAACCGAAUGCUCAGCAGAGCCGCUUUGAUGGAGUGCUGAGAAUUAAAGAAAGUUCAGUGUUUACCGCGAUUAUCCCCGGCGAGAUGCAAGCGGCGCUCGAUCACGUUCGCGCGUUACCUUACGAAGAGCGACCAGACUAUGAACUACUGAUCCACCUUUUUCUCUCCAUGAUCAAGAAUUCCGGCGCCAGUUUUGACUAUAAUUACGACUGGCUAAACCACACUACACCCGACGAACUUCAAGAACGUGUUCGCGAGAAACGCAAAGUUCUGUCACGCUUGAUCGCACCGGACGUCGGGGCUUUCCUGGCGCUACAGACACAUCGCCGGCUGCACCAGCACGACAGCAUGGAUGAUCUCCUGCAUGAUGUCGAGCACCACCAAGCGCCAGCGAAGCAUUAAACUGUUCGCUCAUAAACAGUUUUUUUUUAUUUGUAAAAAAACUUCUCAACAUCCUGCAACGAUAAUUAGUAAAAAUAACAGAACCGGCGAAUCUCCCUAAAAAUAGAUAAUCUCUGUCAAACUAACUUGUAAGAAAAUUCA